ACCCUUUGAGCUUCGCAGGAGGUUUGAAUGGGUGCCGGAAAGUCUUAAAGGGGGGAGAACUACAGGUGGGCAGAGAAUUGGAAACUACUUGUACUACCUCUCUGGGAGGCAAAAAAUUGGACAGAGGUGGCUGAAAGUCUUCCCUGACCUGUAGCUACAGCAAUGGUACUAUGAAUAGAAAGGUGUUUGAAGAGAAAGAAUGAAAAGCCAAUCUUUGGUGAGUGAGAAAAUUGGAAAAGGCCCUUUGGGUGUCCAACCUGGGAGCUAUGAAGAGAUCUGGGCAAGAACUGGUCAGAAGAUCUUGGAGGAGACAGCCACCCUUUCAGAAGUUCAGCUAUGGAAGUUCAGGAGCUUUCAGCACCAGGAGGAUGAAGGGCCGCGAGGACUAUGCAGCCAACUCCAUUCCUUUUGUAGUCGAUGGUUGAGGUCAGAAAAUUACACAAAAGCGCAGAUACUGGACCUGGUUGUUUUGGAACAGUUCUUGGCACUUCUGCCUCUGCACAUUGAGAGCUGGGUACGAGAGUGUGGAGCAGAGACCAGCUCCCAGGCAGUGGCCCUGGUGGAAGGUUAUCUCCUGAGCCAGGUGGUGGAGCAGAAGGAGAGGAUUGACUGGCAGUCCUUCAUGGUAGAGAUCAGAGAUCCUGAGGGAAGGAGGCAUCCAUCAAAUUCAUCUCCGGAAAUGUUUUUCAAGAGAAUCUCUCAGGAGGAUCCAAAUAUGGACACGACCAGAGGGAAGAAUAGAAGGACGUUGACCCUUCCUGAUGGUGGAACUGAAAGAAUGGUUGAAACUCCAGUUCAAGAGGGCUUUGUCUCCUUCGAGGAGGUGGCUGUGUAUUUCUCCGAGGAGGAAUGGUCUCAGCUGGAUCCUGACCAAAAAGCUCUGCAUUGGGAAGUCAUGAUGGAAAAUUACAGGAAUGUGGCCUCUCUUGGUGAUAAUGAGCAAGACCAUGAAGAGUUAAGGGAAUCAUUCCAAGGGUUCAGGCUUGGAGAUGUGAUGGAGCACCCUGCAAUUCAAAUGGAAUUCCACAGGCGAAACUCCUCAAAUAAUUGGAAUAAAGAAAGCUCAUCUUCCAUUGAGGCUUACAUGCAGGAGCUUCUUGAGGAAGGGAGAAAAAUACAGAAGAAAUAUAUGGGGAAAGGUGUAAAACUAUCCAAAGACACAUCAGCGGUAAAUGAACACUAUCCAUCCACAUCCAAAGGCCGGGAUUAUAUACCCAAAGACAAUGGAAAAAAUUACAAUUCUCAGGAAAAUGGGUCUCUUACAUCACAAAAAAGUCUUCCCGUUGGGGAGAAUCCAGAGAAUGGAAAGAGCUUCUUUGAAAGGAAGACUUUGAGUGCUCAGGAAAGGAACCACAAGGAGAAGCCAUAUAAAUGCAUGGACUGUGGUUCGGAAUUCUAUAAGGUUGCAUCCCUUGUGAGACAUAAAGUAAUUCUUACAUGUGAUGCACCGUAUAAAUGCAUACACUAUGGAAAAGGAUUCAACAAAGAGAGUAAUCUUACAUCUCAUAGAAGGAUUCACAUGGGGGAAAAGCCCUAUAAAUACAUCAAGACAUCUGUACACAGCAGCAAUCUUACUGUCCAUCAAAGGAUUCACACAGGGGAGAAACCAUUUAAAUGCAUGGAGUGUGGAAAGAGCUUCAGAAGAAGCAGUCAGCUUACUUCCCAUCAAAGGAUCCACACAGGGGAGAAGCCAUUCAAAUGCAUGGAGUGUGGAAAGAGCUUCAGCCGCUCCAGUGGCCUCAGUUCCCAUAAACAGAGCCACACAGAGGAGAAACCAUUUAAAUGCAUGGAGUGUGGAAAGAGCUUCAGGCAAACCAGAACUCUCAUUAUUCAUAAAAGGAUCCACACAGGGGAGAAAGCAUAUAAAUGCAUGGAGUGUGGAAAGAGAUUCAGAAGAAGCAGUCAUCUUUCAUCCCAUCAAAGGAUCCAUACAGGGGAGAAACCAUUUAAAUGCAUGGAAUGUGGAAAGAGCUUCAGCACACACAGUGAUCUUACUUCCCAUAAAAGGAUCCACACAGGGGAGAAGCCAUAUAAAUGCAUGGAGUGUGGAAAGAGCUUCAGACAAACCAGAACUCUCAUUAUUCAUAAAAGGAUCCACACAGGGGAGAAACCAUAUAAAUGCACUGAGUGUGGAAAGAGCUUCGGUGUAAACUGUUCUCUUAAAUCCCAUAAAAGGAUCCACACAGGGGAGAAACCAUACAAAUGCAUGGAGUGUGGAAAGAGCUUCAGCCAAUCCAGUGGCCUCAUUAUUCAUAAAAGGAUCCACACAGGGGAGAAACCAUAUAAAUGCAUGGAGUGUGGAAAGAGCUUCAGCCAACUCAGUGGCUUCAUUAUUCAUAGAAGAAUCCACACAGGGGAGAAGCCAUUUAAAUGCACUGAGUGUGGAAAGUCUUUUAGUCAGAACACUCACCUUACUGGCCAUAAAACAAUCCACACAGGGGAGAAGCCAUUUAAAUGCAAGGAGUGUGGAAAGGGCUUCACUUUAAAUUGUUCUCUUACAUACCAUCAAAGGAUCCACAGAAGGGAGAAGCUAUUUAAAUGUAUGGAGUGUGGAAUGUCUUUUAGUCAGAUCACUCACCUUACUUCCCAUAAAAGGAGCCACAUGGGGAAACCGUAUAAAUGCUGGGCACGUGGAAAAACGUGUCAGGAAUCACCUUACUGGUCAUCAAAGAUCCACACGGGGAGAAGCCAAGAUAAAUGCAUGGACUUUGGAGAGAGCUGUAGGAGGAGAAAUGUCUUAAUUUCCCAUACUCAGGGAAAUUGGCUUCAAAAUUGUAUUCACAGAAAAAGAAUCUUAAUGUGUAUUGUCCAUUCAUUCUUGUUUUCUGCGUACUUUUUCAAGUCCUUCAUGGUAGAGAUCAGAGAUCCUGAGCAAAGGAGGCAUCCAUCAUGUUCAUCUCCAGAAAUGUUUUUCAGGAGGAUAUCUCAGGAGGAUCCAUACAUGGACAUGACCAGAGGUAAUACAAGGCUCUCCCAUUUCCCAGAGAGAUCUCAGCUGUUUCAUCUUCUCUAUGCCUUCUCUUCUAUAGAACUCAUGUGUUAUGAAUUAUGCAGUGCAAAUUCUGUCUCCCUCAUAGGGAAGAAUAGAAGGAAGUUGACCCUUCCAGAUGAUGGAACUGAAAGAAUGGUUGAAACUCCAGUUCAAGAGGGCCUUGUCUCCUUCGAGGAGGUGGCUGUGUAUUUCUCCGAAGAGGAAUGGUCUCAGCUGGAUCCUGACCAAAAAGCUCUGCAUUGGGAAGUCAUGAUGGAAAAUUACAGGAAUGUGGCCUCUCUUGGUGAUAUUGGACAGGACUAUAAAGAGUCUAGGGAAGCCUUCCAAGUGGUCAGACAUGGAGAUGUAAUGGAGAAGCCUGAAAUUCAAAUGCAAUUCCAGCGGCAGGAGAGAAAUCAGUCAAAUAAUUGGAAUAAUGAAAGCUCAUCUUCCAUUGAUGCUCACAUGCAGUUUCUUGAGCAACCAAAAAAAAUAAAGAAAAAAUAUAUUGGGAAAGGUAUAAGACUAUCCAAACAAACAUUAGAUGUAAAUGGAGAGUAUCUGACCCAAGCCAAAGGACAAGAUUGUAUAUACAAAGACAAUGGAAAACAAUACAAUUGGACUUUCACACUUUCUCAAGAAAAUGUGUCUCUUAUAUCACAUAAAAGCAUUCACAUGGGAGAGAAGCUGAAUAAAUCUCUUGAGCAUGAGAAAAGCUUAGGUGAAAACAAGACUCUUACGAUUCAUAAAAGGAUCCACACGGAGGAAAAAUCAUUCAAAUGCAUGGAGUGUGGAAAGGGAUUCAGCAAACCCAGUAGCCUUACUUCCCACAAAAGGAUCCACACAGGGGAGAAGCCAUAUAAAUGCAUGGAGUGUGGAAAAGGGUUUAGUUGCAACAGUAAUCUUACUUCCCACAAAAGGAUCCACACAGGGGAGAAGCCAUAUAAAUGCAUGGAGUGUGGAAAGAGCUUCAGAGUACAUAGUGAUCUUACUUCCCACAAAAGGAUCCACACAGGGGAGAAGCCAUAUAAAUGCAUGGAGUGUGGAAAGAGCUUCAGAAUACAUAGUGAUCUUACAACCCACAAAAGGAUCCACACAGGCGAGAGGCCUUAUAAAUGCAUGGAAUGUGGAAAGACUUUUACUCAUAACAGUCAACUUGCUUCCCAUAAAGCGAUCCACACAGGAGAGCGGCCCUACAAUUGCAUGGAAUGUGGAAAGACUUUUACUCAUAGCAGUCAACUUGCUUCUCAUACAUGGAUCCAUAGAGGGGAGAAGCCAUAUAAAUGCAUGGAGUGUGGAAAGGGCUUCCAUGUGAAUUCAUCCCUUAUGAGACAUAAGAGAAUUCACACCGGGGAUAAACCAUAUAAAUGUAUGGAGUGUGGAAAAGGCUUCAGUGAACUCGGUAAUCUUACUUCCCAUAAAAGGAUCCACACUGGAGAGAGGCCAUAUAAAUGCUUGGAGUGUGGAAAGGACUUCAGUGAACACAGUAAUCUUAUUUCCCAUAAAAGGAUCCACACAGGAGAGAAGCCAUUUAAAUGCACGGAUUGUGGAAGGGUUUUCAGUCAGCGUAGUAGCCUUACUUCCCAUAAAAGGAUCCAUACAGGGGAGAAACCAUAUAAAUGUAUGGAAUGUGAAAGGUGCUUUAGUGAAUACAGUAAUCUUAUUUCCCAUAAAAGGACACACACAGGAGAGAAGCCCUUUAAAUGCACGGACUGUGGACAGUGCUUCAGCCGACCCAGUAUGCUUACUUCCCAUAAAAGGAUCCAUAGAGAUGUGGAGCCAAUUUCUGAAACAGAGAGAGAUUUGGGUGAGAAUGUAUGUUUGAAUGGGUGCCGGAAAGUCUUAAAGGGGGGAGAACUACAGGUGGGCAGAACUUGCCUGACCCAUAACUACAGGAAUGGUACUAUGAAUAGAAAGGUGUUUGGAGAUCCACAAGAUUCCCUGGACCCAUUUGGAGUUGUACCACAGGACAGAGAAGGAAUGAAACACCAAUCUUUAGCAAGUGAGGGAACUGGAAAAGGCCCUUCCGAUGCUCAGUCUGGAAGCCAUGGAGAGAUCUGGGCAAGAAUUGGGCAGAAGAUCCUGGAGAAGACAACCAGCCUUUCAGAUGUUGAACCCUGGAACUUCAGGAGCUUCCAAUACAAAGAGAAUGAGGGUCCCCGAAGACUUUGCAGCAGACUUCAUUCCUUUUGUAGUGGAUGGUUGAGACCAGAAAAGCACACAAAAGCGCAGAUGCUGGAUCUGGUUGUUUUGGAGUGGUUCCUGGCCCUUCUGCCCCUGCAGAUGGAGAGCUGGGUGCAGGAGUGUGGAGCAGAGACCAGCUCCCAGGCGGUGGCCCUGGUGGAAGGCUUCCUCCUGAGCCAGGUGGAGCAGAAGAAGGAGAGGACUGAGUGGCAGUCCUUCAUGGUGGAGAUCAGAGAUCCUGAGGGAAUGAGGCAUCCAUCCAAUUCAUCUCUUGAAAUGUUUUGCAGGAGGAUCUCUCAGGAUAUUUCAAAUCAAGACACAACCAGAGGUAAUACAAGGCUCCCUCAUUCCCCAGAGAGAUUUCAGCUGUUUUAUCUUCUGUAUGUCUUGCCUUUUUUAGAAUAUCACCACCUAUUUUAUGAAUUAUGUAGUUUAAAAUUCUGUCUCCUCACAGGGAAGAAUACUAGAAAAUUGGUAAUUUCCAAAUGUGGAGCUGAAACAGUGGUUGAAACUCCAAUUCAGGAGGGCCUUGUCUCCUUCGAGGAGGUGGCUGUGUAUUUCUCCGAGGAGGAGUGGUCUCAGCUGGAUCCUGACCAAAAAGCUCUGCAUUGGGAAGUCAUGACGGAAAAUUACAGGAACGUGGCCUCUCUUGGUAAUAACAGGCAGGACCAUAAAGAGUCUAAGGAUUCCUUCCAAGUGGUCAGACAUGAAGAUGUAAUGGAGAAGCCUGAAAUUCAAAUGAAAUUCCAGAGGCAGGAGAGAAAUCAGUCAAAUAAUUGGAAUAAGGAAAGCUCAUCUUCCAUUGAUGCUCAUAUACAGUUUCUUGAGCAACCAAGAAAAGUAAAGAAAAAAGGUAUUGGGAAAGGUAUAAGAAAAUCCAAACAAACAUUAGAUGUAAAUGGAGAAUAUCUGACCCAAGCCAAAGGACAAGAUUGUAUAUACAAAGACAAUGGAAAACAAUACAAUUGGACUUUCACACUUUCUCAAGAAAAUGUGUCUCUUAGAUCACAUAAAAAUAUCCACAUGGCAGAGAAGCCGAAUAAAUCCCUAGAGCAUGGAAAAAGCUUCAGUGAAAACAAGACUCUUACGAUUCAUAAAAGGAUCCACACAGAGCAAAAACCAUUUAAAUGCAUGGAGUGUGGAAAGGGAUUCAGCAAGCCCAGUGAGCUUAGUUCCCACAAAAGGAUCCACACAGGGGAGAAACCAUUUAAAUGCAUGGAGUGUGGAAAGGGAUUCAACAAGCCCAGUGAGCUUAGUUCCCACAAAAGGAUCCACACAGGAGAGAAGCCAUAUAAAUGCAUUGAGUGUGGAAAGGGAUUCAGCAAGCCCAGUGAGCUUAGUUCCCACAAAAGGAUCCACACAGGGGAGAAACCAUUUAAAUGCAUGGAGUGUGGAAAGAACUUUAGUUCCAACAGUAGUCUUUCUUCCCACAAAAGGAUCCACACAGGGGAGAAGCCAUAUAAAUGCAUGGAGUGUGGAAAGAGCUUCAGAACAAACAGUGAUCUUACAUCCCAUAAAAGGAUCCACACAGGCGAGAAACCAUUUAAAUGCAUGGAGUGUGGAAAGGGAUUCAACAAGCCGAGUGAGCUUAGUUCCCACAAAAGGAUCCACACAGGAGAGAAGCCAUAUAAAUGCAUGGAGUGUGGAAAGAACUUUAGUUCCAACAGUAGUCUUUCUUCCCACAAAAGGAUCCACACAGGGGAGAAGCCAUAUAAAUGCAUGGAGUGUGGAAAGAGCUUCAGAACAAACAGUGGUCUUACAUCCCAUAAAAGGAUCCACACAGGCGAAAAACCAUAUAAAUGCAUGGAGUGUGGAAAGGACUUCAGAAUGCAUAAGACUUUCACAAUCCAUAUAAGGAUCCACUCAGGAGAGAGGCCAUAUGAAUGCUUGGAGUGUGGAAAGGGCUUCCGUGAAAACAGUAGUCUUAACUACCAUAAAAUGAUCCACACAGGGGAGAAGCCACAUAAAUGCAUGGAGUGUGGAAAGGGCUUCAGCAAACCCAGUAGCCUUAUUUCCCAUAAAAGAAUCCAUACAGGGGAGAAACCAUAUAAAUGUAUGGAAUGUGGAAGGUGCUUUUGUGAAUACAGCAAUCUUAUUUCCCAUAAAAGGAUCCACACAGGAGAGAAGCCAUUUAAAUGCACGGAUUGUGGAAGGGUUUUCAGACAGAGUAGUAGCCUUACUUCCCAUAAAAGGAUCCAUACAGGGGAGAAACCAUAUAAAUGUAUGGAAUGUGAAAGGUGCUUUAGUGAAUAUAGUCAUCUUAUUUCCCAUAAAAUGACACACACAGGGGAGAAGCCAUAUAAAUGCAUGGAGUGUGGAAAGAGCUUCAGAACAAACAGUGAUCUUACAUCCCAUAAAAGGAUCCACACAGGCGAGAAACCAUAUAAAUGCAUGGAGUGUGGAAAGGACUUCAGAAUACAUAGGACUUUCACAAUCCAUAAAAGGAUCCACUCAGGAGAGAAGCCAUAUGAAUGCUUGGAGUGUGGAAAGAGCUUCCGUGAAAACAGUACUCUUAACUACCAUAAAAUGAUCCACACAGGGGAGAAGCCCCAUAAAUGCAUGGAGUGUGGAAAGGGUUUCAGCAAACCCAGUAGCCUUAUUUCCCAUAAAAGAAUCCAUAGAGGGGAGAAACCAUAUAAAUGUAUGGAAUGUGGAAGGUACUUUAGUAAAUACAGUCAUCUUAUUUCCCAUAAAAGGACACACACAGGAGAGAAGCCAUUUAAAUGCACAGAUUGCGGACAGUGCUUCAGCCGACCCAAUAUGCUUACUUCCCAUAAAAGGAUCCAUAGAGAUGUGGAGCCAAUUUUUGAAACAGAGAGAGAUUUGGGUGAGAAUGUAUGCUAAUUUAGUGGAUUAAAUCUAUGGAUUUUCCUAUUUAACCCACUGGACUCAGAAAGGAAUGGGUUUUUUUUGAGUUUGGCAACUGGUAGCCCCAGAGAGAGAGAGGAAUAUAUUAAUUAAAAUGAAAACAAUGUGCAUGUUUUCAUUGUAAUCAUGAAUGAAUGAAUGAUCUAUGUACCUAUUUAACUUUUUUUAGAAAUACAUUUCUGCUCCCUGUGAGUGACAUCUGUCUGCAUUUUUAGAGGUGCUGCUUCUGCUAUUAAAUUUUAACUUUCAUUUGUAACUUGGUUUUUUCUUUUUCUUUUGCCUUUUACUUUGGAUGAGUAGAUUACAUGUUAAUUGCCAGGUUGAAUGCUGCCAAGUCCAAUACACUCCCUUGAUGAACUACAAUUAAAGACUUUUAUUGCUUUCAGGAUGAAACUUCAUCUGAGUUAUCAUUUUCAUCUGAUUUAUGGCGUGGAAGGGCAAUGGCAGAGUUCAGUCUUUUAUCUUGAAAUGAAGUUAUUUUAGCCAUUUUUGACUUUUUCAUUAGUUAUUGAAAAGGCUACAUUAUUUAUUUUAAUUGCUCUAUAAAUUUUGAAGAACUUUAGUAUUUCAUUUGAUUUUACACAUAUAUACUGUUCCUUAAUUCAAGAAGAGGAAAAUUUCCUCUCUUUUUUUCCUUUCCUCCUCCUUUCAUUAUGGGAAUAGCAAUUUUGAUCUUAGAAACUGU